UGCUGUGGUCAUUUCAUGGAUGGUCUUUUUAUUGUUUAGGUGAAUUUCCUUCUCUAUGUUGUUUAGGAUUCCUGUGAUGACUGGAUGUUGUAUUUUGUGGAAUGCUUUUUCCCAUCUGUUGAGUUGAUGUGUUUUUCAUCUUCCAUUCUGUUCAAGUGGUGUAUCACAUUGAUUCGCUUCAAUAUGUUGAACCAUCCUUGCAUCCCAGAAAUAAGUGGCACUUUAGUAUCCCCAAUUCUUUUUAUAUCCCCAUGAAUACAGUUUUCCAGUACAAGGGGUCUUCAAGAAGUUUAAGAAAAAAUAUGUAUUAUGAGAAAAUUGUGCAUCAGUUUCACACUUUAGCACCUUAAUAACCUGCUACAAAUUUGUUAUAACAUGUCUAAACAGGCUCUACUUUGAGGCACUCCGAAGGAUAAGACAUGUUUGAAAAGAGACAGUUUCAAAGCCAUAUGAUUUCUGCUAAAAUUGAAAUAAGAAGAAACAUCAAAUUUAGAAUGAGAGCAGAUGCAGUGGCUGAGGCCUGUAAUCCCAGCACUUUCAGAGGCCAAGACAGGUGGGCCACAUGAGCCCAGGUAUUCAAGACCAGCUUGGACAACAGUGAAAUCCCUUUCUCUAGAAAAAAUUUAAAAAUUAGCUGGGCAUGGUGGCACAUACCUGCAGACACAGCUAUUGUGGAGGCUGUGGUGGGAGAAUGAUGGGCCUGGGAGGUCGAGGCUAUAGUGAGUUGUGUUCACGCCACUGCCCUUCAGUAUGGGUGAUGGAGUGAGAUACUGUCUCUAAAUAAGAAUACUUACCAUAAAGUUUGGGUAGAGGAAUAAUGAAAUCAUUGAUGUUAUAUGAAAAGGCAGGGCCAGGCACAGUGGCUCAGGACUGCAACCUCAGCUCUAGGGAAACCUAGGUGGGUAAAUCCCCUGAGGUCAGGAGUUCAAGACCAGCCUGGACAAAAUGGUGAAACCCAUCUCUCCUAAAAAUACAGAAGAAAAAAAAAAGUUAUGGGGACAGUGCCCAAAAGAAAACACUGUGUAAAUGGGUAACUCAUUUUUAGUUGGGACAAGACACUGUUGAAAGUGGUUCACAGAGUGGCAGGCAGACCAUCCACAUUGGUUUUACAGAAAAAUAAUCUUGUUCCUGCGACAAUGAGGAGGACUGCCAGCUAACAGCAGAAACAAUACUCAGGAGUUCAAGACCAGCCUGGUUAACAUGGUGAAACUGGCCGGGCGUGGUGGCUCACACCUGUAAUCCCAACACUUUAGGAGGCCGAGGCGGGUGGAUCACGAGGUCAAGAGAUCGAGGCCAUCCUGGUCAACAUGGUGAAACCCCGUCUCUACUAAAAAUACAAAAAAUUAGCUGGGCAUGGUGGUGCGCACCUGUAGUCCCAGCUACUCAGGAGGCUGAGGCAGGAGAAUUGCCUGAACCCGGGAGGCGGAGUUUGCGGUGAGCCGAGAUCGCGCCAUUGCACUCCAGCCUGGGUAACAACAGCAAAACUGUCUCAAAAAAAAAAAAAACAUGGUGAAACUCCAUUUCUACUAAAAAUACAAAAAGCAGUUGGGCUUGGUGGUGUGUGCCUGGAAUCCAGUUCCUUGGGAGGCUGAGGUAGGAGAAUCGCUUGAACCUGGGAGGCAGAGGUUGCCGUGAGCCCACAUGGCACCAUUGCACUCUAGCCUGGACAACAAGAGCAAAACUCGGUCAAAAAUUUUUGGAAAAAGAUGUCAAGCCCCUUCUCUUCCAUUCUUAACCAUCAUGGUGUGUGCUUCACUCUGCUGCUCGCCAUGUCUUCUCACAAGACUUUCAGGAUUGAGCGAUUCCUGGCCAAGAAACAAAAUUAAAAUCAUCUUGUUCCCCAGUGGAUUCUGAUGAAAACUGGUAAUAAGAUCAGAUACAAGUCCAAAAGGAGAUACUGGAGAAGAGCCACGCUGGGUCUAUAAGAAAUUGCACGUGAGAUGGCACACAUUUCUGCAGCCUCUAGGUUACAAUUAUGUUGCCAUAUCAAGGUGAAAAUGUCACCACUAUCUGGAGAGGUGGACUUGUCAUAUUUUUUUCCCUCUGAAUCUGUUAUGAAUUCAUUGGUUGGCUGGAUUCAGUAAUAAAUAUGUGAGACUUCUCAUUUCAAAGAAAGAAGUUGGGCCGGGCGUGGUGGCUCAUGCCUAUAAUCCCAGCACUUUGGGAGGCCGAGGCGGGUAGAUCACGAGGUCAAGAGAUCAAGACCAUUCUGGUCAACAAGGUGAAACCCGGUCUCUACUAAAUAUACAAAAAUUAGCUGGGCAUGGUGGCGCGUGCCUGUAGUCCCAGCUACUCGGGAGGCUGAGGCAGGAGAAUUGCUUGAACCCAAGAGGCGGAGGUUGUGGUGAGCCAAGAUCGCGCCAUUGCACUCCAGCCUGGGUAAGGAGCGAAACUCCGUCUCAAAAAAAAAAAAAAAAAAUCAGAGUCAAAUGAUGUAAUUUCAUAGAGUACAUUAAUGUCUGUUUUGCUUUGUUUUGUUACUGAGAUGGAGACUCCUGGGUUUGGUGGAUCACAGCUGUGGUCCUCGCAGGGCCCUCAGGCAAUCCACCUGCCUUGGCCUCCUGAAGUGAACCCCCUAAUUUUUGUAGCGAUGGCGUUUUACCAUGUUGGCCAGGCUGGUUUCACACUCCUAACGACAGGUUAUCUGACUGCCUCAGCCUCCCAGAGUGCUGGGACUAUCGGCAUUAGCCACUGCACCUAGCCUUAUUUUUAUUUUUACUUUUUUUCUUCAGAACAAAACAAGAGCUUCGCUCUUGUCACCCAUGCUGGAGUGCAGUGGCGUGAUCUCGGCUGACUGCAACCUCCACCGCACCUGUUCCAGCAAUUCUGCCUCAGCCUCCUGGUAGCUAGGAUCCGGUUCCCCCCACUGCAUCUGGCUGAUUUUUGUAUUUUUAGUAUAGAUGUUUUCUUGCAUUCUUGGCCAGGCCAAUCUCAAACUUUUGACCUCAUGCGGUAUGUCUGCUUCGGCCUCCCAAAGUGCUAGGAUUACAGCAUAAACCACUGCACCUGGCCUUUCGUUUUAUUCGUUUUUUUGAGAUGGAAUAUCUCGCUGUUGCCUGGGCUAUAAUGCACUGAUGUGAUCUCAGCUCACUGCAAUGUCCGCCUCCCAGGUUGAAGCAAUUCUCCUGCCUCAGCCUCCCAAGUAGCUGGGAUCACAGGCGCCUGCCACCAUGCCUGGCUAAUCUUUGUAUUUUUAGCAGAGAUGGGGUUUCACCACGUUGGCCAGGCUGGUCUCCAACUACUGAACUCAGUUGAUCCGCUCGCCUCGGCCUCCCAAAGUGUUGGGAUUACAGGGGUGAGCCACUGCGCCCCGCCCUUUCUUCUCUUUAAAACCAUUGGGCUUUGUCGACUCUGAGGCAGCCCUUGUAUUUUAGCUCAUCUAGAUAAUGAAUAUCACGUGUUAUGCUGAAUAUAAUAUCUAACAUACCUGUAGAAAAAACACUAGUUUCUCUUUGUACUUUUUUUUUUUUUUUUUUUUUUUGAGACGGAUUCGCUGGGUCACCCAGGCUGGGCACCAGUGCUUGGAUCUCGGCUAAUUGCAACCUGCGCCUUCCGGGUUCAAGCGAUUUUCUUGCCUCAGCCUCCCAGGCUCCGGAGUAGCUGGGAUUGAAGCCCGGUGACACGACACCUGCCUAAUUCUUUUUGUAUAUUUAAUAGAGAAGGGGUUUCACCAUGUUCGGAAACUUAAUCUCGAACUUCGGAUUUUAGGUGAUACGCCCGCCUCGGCCUCCCAAAGUGCCGGGAUUACAUGCGUGAGCCACCGCACCCGGCCAAGUAAAAUUAAUUUCAAUAGUAAGAAAUUUUCCUGGAUGCAAUUAUCGCCCUACGUUGACUUCUCAGAGAAGUGCUAUUUCCCGGGCUGCUGACCUGCCCCAGCUCCACUGGCGAGUUUCCCCUCAAAAACCCGGAAAAAAGGCGCCAAGAGCCAGAAGGAGGGACGCUCAGGUCCCGCCCCCUGUCUGGUCGCGGGGCCCCUCACAGCCCCGCCCCGCCCCCGGCGCCUCAGGCCACGCCCAUCUCGCGACCUUUCCAAGCCUGGGCCAAGCCUGGGCCACGCCUCGCCCACCUCCUCGGGGCCCGCCCAGGCCUGGCUUCUCUGUCUUGCGCUGAUUGGCACAACCCCGGAAGGAGAUGGCGCGGACUGAGGGCUACUCUCAGUACAAAAGUGAGGGGACUCAGUUUUGCUCUGGUUGUUUUGUCUGCGCUUCCCAGGCCUCCGGUGAUUCUAUGCCGGACGCGGGGUCUCCACAGACCUAGAAAUGCCGGCCCCUCUUUCUCAACCCAGAGCAAAUUGAGACGUCCAGGAUUGAUUUCUAAAGACUCAUGUGAGGAAGCAACUCAGAAGAGGAAAGAAAAGGAGCCCGGCAUGGCUCUUCCUCAGGGACGCUUGACUUUCAAGGAUGUGGCUGUAGAAUUCUCUUUGGCGGAGUGGAAAUGCCUGACCCCUGCGCAGAGGGCUUUAUACAGGGACGUGAUGUUGGAGAACUACAGGAACCUGGAGUCUGUGGCCAACGGCAACCUCAAUUCUAGCUCAUUCUUAAAGAAACAUCAGAUAAACCAUUUAGGGAAAAAACAAUAUGAAUGUGAUGUGUGUGGCAGAGUCUUAAAUGAGAAGCGAUAUCUUGUACGCCAUCGUAGAUGUCACACUGGUGAGAAACCUCACAAGUGUAAUGAGUGUGGCAAGUCCUUCAGUGACAGGUCAUGCCUUAAACGCCAUCAUAGACUUCAUACUGGAGAGAAACCUUACAGAUGUCAUGAGUGUGGCAAGACCUUCCGUCAGGUGUCAUCCCUUACAUGCCAUCGUAAACUUCAUACUAGAGACAAACCUCACAAGUGUAAUGACUGUGGCAAGAAAUUCCCUCCAAUAUCAUUCCUUCAGCACCAUUGUAGACUUCAUACUAGAGAGAAACCUUACAAGUGUAAUGAGUGUGAUAAGACGUUCAUACAAAAGUCACACCUUACAGAGCAUCAUAGACUUCACACUGGAGAGAAACCUUACAAGUGUAAGGUUUGUGACAAGGCUUUCCGGCGUAAUUCACACCUUGGAAUACAUACUAGAAUUCACACUGCAGACAAUCCUUUCAGGUGCAAUGAGUGUGGCAGGACCUUCAAUUAUAAGUCAUCCCUUACAUGCCAUCGUAGACUUCAUAGUGGAGAGAAACCUUACAGAUGUAAAGUUUGUGACAAGGCUUUCAGACAAGAUUCAAACCUUAAACGACACGCUAGAAUUCACACUGGAGAGAAACCUUACAAGUGUAAUGAGUGUGGCAAGACCUUCAGUCGAAAUUCAUCACUUGUAACUCAUAAGGCAAUUCAUACUGGAGAGAAACCUCACAAGUGUAAUGAGUGUGAUAAGACGUUCAUACAAAAGUCACACCUUACAGAGCAUCAUAGAUUUCACACUGGAGAGAAACCUUACAAGUGUAAGGUUUGUGACAAGGCUUUCCGGCGUAAUUCACACCUGGGAAUACAUACUAGAAUUCACACUGCAGACAAUCCUUUCAGGUGCAACGAGUGUGGCAGGACCUUCAAUUAUAAGUCAUCCCUUACAUGCCAUCGUAGACUUCAUAGUGGAGAGAAACCUUACAGAUGUAAAGUUUGUGACAAGGCUUUCAGACAAGAUUCAAACCUUAAACGACACGCUAGAAUUCACACUGGAGAGAAACCUUACAAGUGUAAUGAGUGUGGCAAGACCUUCAGUCGAAAUUCAUCACUUGUAACUCAUAAGGCAAUUCAUACUGGAGAGAAACCUCACAAGUGUAAUGAAUGUGGCAAGGGUUUUGAUACAAAAGCACGCCUUGUAUGUCAUCAUAGACUUCAUACUGCAGAGAAACCUUACAAAUGUAAUCAGUGUGGCAAGGCCUUCAGACAGGUGUCAUCCCUUGCAUGCCAUCAUAGACUUCAUAUGGAAGAGAAACCUUACAAGUGUCAUGAGUGUGGCAAAACCUUCAGUCACAUGUCAUCCCUUGUAUGCCAUCAUAGACUUCAUACUGGAGAGAAACCUUACAAGUGUAAUGAGUGUGGCAAAAAAUUCCAUCACAUGUCAUCCCUUACAUACCAUUGUAGACUUCAUACUGGAGAGAAACCUUACAAGUGUCAUGAGUGUGGCAAGAGCUUCAUUCAAAAGUCAGCCCUUACAUGCCAUUGUAGACUUCAUACUGGAGAGAAACCUUACAAGUGUAAGGUCUGUGACAAGUCUUUCAGAAGUGAUUCACACCUAGCAAGACACAGUAUAAUUCACACUGGAGAGAAACCUUACAAGUGUAAUGAGUGUGGCAAGACCUUCAGUCAGAUGCCAAAUCUAGUACGCCAUUGUAGACUUCAUACUGGAGAGAAACCUUACAAGUGUAAUGAAUGUGGCAAGGUUUUUAACCGACAGGCAACCCUUGCAUGUCAUCAUAGACUUCAUUCUGGAGAGAAACCUUACAAAUGUGAAAAAUGUGACAAAGUUUUCACUCACAGAUCACACCUUGAAACACAUAAGAAAACUCAUAGUGAAGAGAAAGCUUACAGAUGUAAGAUUUGUGACAAGGCUUUCACGUGUAAUGUAUACCUGGGAAAACAUACUAGAAUUCACACUGGAGAGAAACCCCACAAGUGUAAUUAGUGCAACAAGUUCUUUGAUCAAAAUUGAUCUCUUAAUUCAUAAGGCAAUUCAUACUGGAGAGAAACCUUACAAGUAUAAUGAGUGUGGCAAGGUUUUUAAUCAAAAAUCAAAUCUUGCUCAUCAUUAUAGACUUCGUGCUGGAGAGAAACCUUACAAAUGUGAAGAAUGUGACGUUUUCAGUCCCAAUUCACACCUUGAAAGACAGAGUAAAUCAUACUGAACAGAAACCAUAGACGUCUGAGAUUUGUGACAAGGCUUUCGGGCAUGAUUCACACCUGGAAUAACAUCCUAGAUUCUCACUGGAGAGAAAACAUACACGGGUACUGAGUGUGGCCAAGCCUUCAGUGGACAGUCAACACUUAUUCAUCAUCAAGCAAUCCAUGGCAUAGGGAAACUUUACUAAUGUAAAGAUUGUUCCAAAGUCUUCAGUAACGCUACAGCCAUUGACAUUAUUGGAGAAUCCAUAGUGGAAAGGCAUCUUACAAGUGUGGUAAAUGUGGAGAUUUUUUGAACAUCGUUGAUACCUUUCAGUUUAUCGGCCAACUCAUGCUGGAGAGAAACCCUACAAAUGUCAGGAUUGUGGCCAGGUCUUCAGUCAUACUUCCCCUUAUGCAAAACAGGGGAGAAGUUGUACAGGAGAGAAACCUCCCCAGUGUGCUCAUGGUGGCAAGCUUUACUUCACAUUCACACAUCAUUAGACAUUAGAGAAUCCAUCCUGGACGGAAAUCUUACAAAUGUCCUAAGUGUGGCAUGGUGUUUAGUCUCAGGUCACUCCUUGCAGAAUAUCAGAAAAUUCAUUUUAAAGAUAAUUGUUCAAAAUGCAUUGAAUAAGCAACCAUCAAGUAUUAGUUGACAUUAGAGUCAAUUGAGCAUCGAUUUGAGUUUGAGUUGACUUAACUUUGAGUUCAAGCAUUAAUUGACAUUAAAGUGUUUAUGUUAAGAUGAUUGGGUGAGGGAGGGUGUGGCUCAUACCUGUAAUCCCAGCACUUUGGGAGGCCAAGAUGGGUAGGUCGCUUAAGGUCAGGAGUUUUGGACCAGCCUGUCCAAGAGAUGUGAAUCCCCUUUUCCCAGCCUGUUUUUGUUUUGUUUUGUUUUUAUUUGACAAAAACUGACAGGGGGUUUUAUGGGUAUUGUGUUGAAUCUAAUCACAUUGGUUUAUGUAAUCAUUUCACAACAUUUUUCCAAUCCGUCAGUAUGAGUUGUGUGUGUCUAUUUGUUUUUAGUCAUUUUGAUCAAUGUUUGUAGAUGUCAAGGUAGAAACUUCUCACCUUUUAACCUCUAUUUCUAAGUAUUUUUUAUUUUAAGUUCUCUAGCAAGUGGAAAUUUUUUCUUAAUUUUCUCUUAAAAUUGCUUAUUGUCGAUGUAUGGAAAUUGAAGGAGGUUUUUGUGCUGCUACUGUGUUCUGCAAAUACACUUAAUGUGUCAAUUAGUUCCAGUAGAAUUUGGUUGACUCUGUAAUUUUCUACAGAGAAGAUCAUGUCAUCUGCAAACAAAUAUAUUUGUACUUGUUUCUGA